CACCCGCCGAGUGCGCUGCGAGGGCGGCCGAGAGGGAACCAUGGGGACAGUCCAUGCCCGGAGUCUGGAGCCUCUUCCUGUAGGUGGACCUGAUUUUGGAGCGUUAGGAGAAGAAGCUGAGUUUGUUGAAGUUGAGCCUGAAGCUAAACAGGAGAUUCUUGAGAACAAAGAUGUGGUUGUUCAACACGUGCACUUUGAUGGACUUGGAAGGACGAAAAAUGAUAUCAUCAUGUAUGAAAUUGGAGAUGUUUUUAAGGCGAAAAACCUGAUUGAUGUCAUGCGGAAAUCUCACGAGGCUCGGGAAAAAUUGCUCCGUCUGGGAAUAUUUAGACAAGUGGAUGUUUUGAUCGAUACAUGUCAAGGUGAUGAUGCACUUCCAAACGGCUUAGACGUUACCUUUGAAGUGACUGAAUUAAGGAGAUUAACGGGCAGCUACAACACCAUGGUUGGGAACAAUGAAGGCAGUAUGGUCCUUGGCCUCAAGCUCCCGAAUCUCCUUGGCCGUGCCGAAAAGGUGACUUUUCAGUUUUCCUACGGAACGAAAGAGACUUCCUACGGCCUGUCCUUCUUCAAACCACAGCCCGGGAACUUCGACAGAAAUUUCUCUGUAAACUUAUAUAAAGUUACCGGGCAGUUCCCUUGGAGCUCGCUUCGGGAGACGGACAGAGGAGUGUCGGCCGAGUACAGUUUUCCCAUCUGGAAGACCAACCACACGGUGAAGUGGGAAGGCGUAUGGAGAGAGCUGGGCUGCCUCUCAAGAACAGCCUCCUUUGCUGUCCGGAAGGAAAGCGGGCACUCCCUCAAGUCUUCGCUCUCGCACGCGAUGGUCAUCGACUCGCGUAAUUCCUCCAUCUUACCAAGGAAAGGAGCCCUGCUGAAAAUUAACCAGGAGCUGGCGGGCUACACUGGCGGGGACGUGAGCUUCCUUAAGGAGGACUUUGAACUCCAGCUGAAUAAGCAGCUGGUGUUGGACUCAGUCAUCUCAGCCUCUCUCUGGGGUGGGAUGUUGGUACCCAUUGGUGAUAAACCAUCAAGUAUUGCUGAUCGGUUUUACCUGGGCGGCCCGACCAGCGUCCGUGGAUUCAGCAUGCACAGCAUCGGACCCCAGAGCGAAGGUGACUACCUGGGUGGAGAAGCAUACUGGGCAGGCGGCCUGCACCUCUACACCCCGCUGCCCUUCCGACCUGGCCAGGGUGGCUUUGGCGAGCUCUUCAGGACGCACUUCUUCCUCAACGCCGGCAACCUGUGCAACCUCAACUACGGGGACGGCCCCAAGGCCCACAUCCGCCGGCUGGCUGAGAGCAUCCGCUGGUCAUACGGAGCUGGCAUUGUCCUCAGGCUCGGCAACAUCGCCCGCCUGGAGCUCAAUUACUGCAUCCCCAUGGGCGUCCAGGGGGGCGACAGGACCUGUGACGGUGUCCAGUUUGGAGCUGGGAUUCGGUUUCUGUAGCCGCGGCACAGCUGACGCCUCCAGGAG